UGAGACUGUAAAACAAGGCAUUUUAUCUGCAUGAUUUACAAUGGAUCCAGAUGAUAAACCAGAUUUGUCCCAGUUGAACACUUUACCCCAGAUUCCAUUAACUGCUCAAGUCAUUUUAGAGUCGGAAAGUAACGAAAGCAAACCUGUCUUGUUACCUGAGUGUGCACUGACUGUUUCUCAAGAGUCGUCCAUAAGGUUAUAUGUAGAAAGUCUUGAUGGAAGUGUCACUGAUGACGAUUUUAUAGAGAUGUCAGCAAGAGAUAAAGUGAACAGAGGAACAUUAACAGAAAGAGAGGAACCUAAAUCAUCAAAAUGCAAAUACUGUGUCUUAAGACUGUCGAAGCUACGAAGACUUGAAAAACUUACUUUUAAAAAAAUUGAGAAUACAUUAGAAUCUGUAUUACCUCAGGCAUCUCCUAAACAGUCAGCUAUAAGUAAAAAGGAAAGGGGAUGUCAAACUUCAGCAUCUUUAUUUGAAAAAGCUGAAAUGACUCAGCGUGAGCUACGUAGUUUAGCCAUGAUUCUUCGCUUUAGAAAUGGGAAGCCCCUGAGAACAGAAACAUACUGUAAAUGUGUGCAUCAAAGAAGAGAGAGGGAGUGUAGGUGUGGAGAGGAAGAAAGCUACUUUGACUGGGUCUGGGAUCAAAAUGCAAACAACUGUGGCCAGGCUACUACCUUACAAGAGCAAGGCCGUCAAGUCAUCUUUCAUAAAGAUUACAGCUGUGGUACUUCAGGAGUUCGUGGGCAGCAAGCAAUGGAAAAAGAUCAGUAUUUUUGGGAGAUUAAAAUGACCACACCUGUCUAUGGCACUGAUAUGAUGGUUGGUGUAGGCACUGAAAAUGUAGACCUCAACGGGUUUCACAACAUGUUCUGUAGUCUGCUGGGCCUAGAUUUGGAAAGCUGGGGGAUUUCUUACGAUGGGAGAAUCCAGCACAAUGGUCGCAAGUCAGAAUACUGCAGCAAAUUUGGUCAGGGAGCAAUCAUAGGAGCCCACUUGGAUAUGUGGCAUGGGACACUUGCCUUUUUUAAAAACAGGCAGUGCUUAGGUGUUGCCUUUAGAAACCUGAGAGGUCGUGUCCUGUACCCUAUGGCCUGCUCCACAGCAGCCAGAAGUGGCAUGAGGAUCAUCUCCUCAAGGUCGUUCCCAACUUCCCUCCAGUUCUUCUGCUGCCAGAAGCUCAGGAAGUUCGUGCCCUCACACCUGAGUGUGCUUGAUGCCCUAGCCAUGCCCCCUGGGCUCCGUGCCUUCCUGGCCAACAAUAUGACCUGGCUGCUUGAUGUGCCACACCCUGCUGCCCACCCAUCCAAGCCGGGGUAUGUUUGUCAGAUAUGCAUGCCUUUGAAGAGUGUCUUUGAAGGCUGCACCGAUGAUGAAGAUGACAGCAGUGACGAUGACAGAAUCAAUCAUAUACAAGAUAUCUUAAACUUUGGUGAGUCAGACGAAGAGUCAGAUGAUGAAAAUGACAAAGUGGGGCUAUUGUCAGGAUAUCGUAAUAUGACCGGAUUACUUUUGACGCCUCGUCGCAACCAUUGGUUAAGACCAGUGACAUCAAACUCGGCUGGCUCAGCUAGGUCCCCUGCCGCACAAAGCCAGACUCAGAGCCAGACUUCAUCCGGCCCAUCCACAUCAGACACAGAUAGGUCCACUGUCAUGCGACGGACUUUGUGUGGUGCCAAGAAAUUUAAGCUGGAUGGUGCACAGCUCUCUGAAGGUGAAAAGCUCAGUAGUGAUGGUGAGAAUGAAGAGGAAGGGGAGACAACACAGGUUAAUGUCAAUAUUCCUGAAGGAGAAGAUAUGGAAAGUGAGGACUCUGCUCCUACAGUGAAAAGAAAACUCGGAAAGAGAAAACAUAAUGAGUGAUUUAUAUUUCCCUGUGCUGCCUAUUAUAUAAAUGCCUUUUGUUUGAAAAUGUGAUACCUAUUCUAUACACAAUAUUUAAACAACUUCCUUUCAAUUUUGGCUUUUGUUAAGACUUUUGUCCUUUUUUUUUGUUGAAUUUUUAAAAAUCUUGUUUCUAAACAGUAUUUUGACUUUUUGGUUUAUUCAAAUUCUAUCAUUAUUGUUGUUCAUGUUUGGUGGUAUUUGUUUGGUAUAACAAACCAACAAAUCAGCACUUACUUAUAGCGUCCUCAAAAAACUUUACUUUAUUGCCUGUAUUAGUUAUUUUAUCCUUUAAGCACCAUUAAAUGAAUGUCAUGUUUAUGUUUCCAAAUGGAUGUAAUGUUUAAGUUUCCAGAUUCAUUGAUAUGUUUUGCUGUUUUGACAUUCUACUUCUAAUUUUUUUAAAAUCAGUUUUGAAUGGCAGCAAAAUGAAUAUUUAAACAUGUGUAGGCCCACUUGUGGCUUUAUUUAUUCUCUAUAAAAAGUAUAAUUUUUUUUUUUGCUUGAUGUAGCAAACAUAAAUCAGCAUCUAUUUACAGCAUCCUCAAAAAUCUGUCCUUUAUUGCCUGUAUUGGUCGUAAUUUUUAAAUCACCAUCAUAAGGAUGUCAUGUUUAAGUUUGUAAAUGUAUUGACAUAUUUAAUUUUUAUUUUGACAUUCUAAUAAAAUUUAUUUCAAUCCGUGAGUUUUGAUAGGCAACAAAGUUAUCAUGUGUAGGCCCACUUCAGGCUAUAAUUAUUUUUUUAUUUUUGUAGCAGCAAUUCAGUAAUAGAAACAAAUACUUAAAUGUUAAAUAAUACUUGAGAAUUUUGAAAGAUCAAGGGUUUUUAUUGCAUCUGUGAAAGAUAUUUUGUAAUACGAUGAAUACGGACAAUUUUUGCCAUGUUAAAUAAUAUUUUUUAAUUAUUCUGAAAUCCUUUUAAAAAACAGUUUUUACUUUUUCAUUUGUUAAUCUUUGCCUUUGUAAACUCUAUUUUAUAAACACAGUCAUUUUAAUUUUGUGGAAGUGUCAAUAAAUUAUGGGCUAAAAGGAACUUCUUUCCAUUAUUUAGAAAAUUCUUUUUAAUGCUAACUUUAAUGCAACUUUAAUUAAAUGCAAAAAUUAUACAUAUUUAGAUGGUUUCAAAAACU